AUGGAGCUCCAAGAAGUCCUGCAUAUGAAUGGAGGCGAAAGCGAUACAAGCUACGCCAAGAAUUCAUCGUACAAUCUGGUUCUCACCAAGGUGAAACCUGUCCUUGAACAAUGCAUACGAGAAUUGUUGCGGGCCAACUUGCCCAACAUCAACAAGUGCAUUAAAGUUGCGGAUUUGGGAUGCGCUUCUGGACCAAACACACUUUUAACAGUUCGGGACAUUGUGCAAAGUAUUGACAAAGUUGGCCAGGAAGAGAAGAAUGAAUUAGAACAUCCCACCAUUCAAAUUUUUCUGAAUGAUCUUUUCCAAAAUGAUUUCAAUUCAGUUUUCAAGUUGCUGCCAAGCUUCUACCGCAAACUCGAGAAAGAAAAUGGACGCAAAAUAGGAUCGUGCCUAAUAAGCGCAAUGCCUGGCUCUUUCUACGGCAGACUCUUCCCCGAGGAGUCCAUGCAUUUUUUGCACUCUUGUUACAGUGUUCAUUGGUUAUCUCAGGUUCCCAGCGGAUUGGUGACUGAACUGGGGAUCAGUGCGAACAAAGGGAUCAUUUACUCUUCCAAAGCAAGUCCUCCGCCCGUCCAGAAGGCAUAUUUGGACCAAUUUACAAAAGAUUUUACCACAUUUCUGAGGAUUCAUUCGGAAGAGUUGCUUUCACGUGGCCGAAUGCUCCUUACUUGCAUUUGUAAAGGAGAUGAAUCCGAUGGCCUGAAUACCAUAGACUUACUUGAGAGAGCAAUAAACGACUUGGUUGUUGAGGUUAUCAUUUCUCUGUCUCUUUGAUGAUCAGAUGCUCAUUGCUUGUUAUCUGAAAUAAACUAGAUAGCUAGCUAGCUUAUUCAGGGUUCCUACCUUAGCUGAAAAAUGG